AUGAGAUCUGGACACAUUAAAGUCGCGUUUUUCUCUCGGUGGAAGGAGUUUAUCGUUCGGAAGCGCAAAUAUCGCCAAAAUAACGCCGCUCGAGUGGUACAAAUGAAGAAUUUCCGAUUUCGACAACUUCACGACUGCAAAUGCACUUUGUGA